GUGUUUCCCUUAGUGGUGGACACCAGGAGUUGUGGGCUCCAGGUCUUAGCUCCUCAAGAAGAUCACGCACCUUAACUUUAAUUCUUUGGCUUUUACUUAUCUGCUCCUGUUUGUAAGGAUAGUAAGUAGUCCACCAGCCCUGACUGGGUGCGAGACAUCGGUUCCUAAUUUUUUUUGGGUUUCUGCUUUUUAUUAUGCUCAGUAUACUGCUGGGUGACUGCUCUUGAAAGGGAAGGGCAGGGUGCCAUAGUUAUUGUUAAACCCGACCAGUUUGGAGAUUUAGGUAUGAGAAGAAGAGAGAGUAAGGAAAAGUGGAAACGCGGGGGAAAAGCUUAGGAUGGUCUAGGAAGAGAACAAGUGCACUAUUGCAUAAGCAAUUACCAAAGGAAUCCAUAAAAAAAGCAAAAAACCUCUGUAUGCACAUGGUCUAUGGUGGAAUGUUAUGGGAUGAAGGCAAGAUGUGAGCCCCCCAGAAGAAGAAGGUUAUUUGGGUACGCACCCUACGACUAUACAGAAGAUGUGCAUGUUCACUUUUAAUAGUAUUGUGAACACAGAAAAUCCCGUCUGGAGAUUACAUGUCAAACCAUUAACAGCAAUGGAGGCACAGUCACUGCUAAGAGUCGGCACUCUCAGAGUCGGAGGCGGAGAAGGAUGACUUGUCCAAGUCCUGCUGAGAUUAACAAGGCUCUUGGGUGUGUCUCAUUGGAGCAACUUGGAAAGAGCUGCACUCUGGAAGAACUGAUGGAGAAAUGUAUACGGUCAUUUGAUGUAGAUGGAAAACUCUGGAGGAAUGAAGAAACCAUUCAUAUGAUCCUUGUCAUGCAUAGCUGGGUGGUGCCAUCUGUGGAAUUUGCACGGAAGCUUCUUCAACUUUACAGGGAAGCUACUCAAAACCAAAGAAGAAUGCAGAUCUGCCAUGUCCUCAGGUUCUGGGUGAAUCAAUAUCCCGAGGUGUUUCGGCUGGACAAUGAACUAGAAGAACUGAUGGGUGAUUUUUGGGAAGUGGUAAAGGAUAAGAGAAGACUGAGUGUUCACCGAAAUAGCAUUGACAGCUCAUGCUUUUCCGACCAAGAAAUGACAAAACCAUUUCCAGAGUCUCCGAGCUUCAAUAAGAAAAGGAAAGUUUCCCUUCUUCUUGAUCAUCUGGAGCCAUCAGAACUUGCAGAUCAUCUCAGCUACAUGGAAUUUAAAUGUGUCUGCAGGAUUACGCUUUUAGACUAUCAAAACUACAUUUUACAAAGUUCUCUAAGGGAAAUUCCUCGAUUAGAAAGAUCAGUCAACUUGUGCAACAGUAUUUCUCAAUGGGUUCAGCUCAUGAUCCUCAAGCGUCCUACCCCACAGCAGAGGGCAGAGGUGUUUACCAAGUUUAUUCAAGUGACACAGAAACUCCGCAAACUACAGAACUUCAAUACCCUCAUGGCAGUGAUAGGAGGAUUAUGUCACAGUGCUAUCUCCAGACUGAAAGAGACCCACAGUUACCUAUCCCACGAUGUAUUAAAAACCCUCAGUGGGAUGACGGAGCUCCUAUCCUCCAGCAGUAACUACAGUACAUAUCGAAGGGUAUAUAAUGAAUGUGGGGGGUUUAAGAUUCCCAUUCUUGGGGUGCAGCUUAAGGACUUGGUCUCACUUAAUGAAGCCCUGCCUGAUUACUUGGACAAUGGGAAAAUCAAUGUCAGCAAACUACAAAGUCUUUAUCAACAUAUCCUGGAAUUACAUCAGCUGCAGAAAGCCAGUCCGCCAUUCAAAGCCAACAAGGAUGUGAUAAUGUUGCUUACUACAUCCUUGGACACAUUUUAUACAGAAGAUGAGAUUUACUCCUUAUCCUACACCCGAGAGCCACGCAGCCCUAAAUUAAUGCCUAUCACUCCUACCAAGCCCCCAGAAGAGAUUGUAGACUGGACCCCAGUAGAGUCUUUACAACUGGACCCUGAAAGCCUCAGCCACAGUGUAGAUCAGAUGGUGAAGGCUGUUUUCCAGUCCUAUGAUCCAGAUCAACGAGGUUUUAUAUCCAGGGAAGACUUUGAAAAAGUGGUUUCCAGUCUGCCCUUCUCUUGUCACAUUCUGGAAAAAGACAGAGAAGGAGCAGUCGACCAUCACGAGAUAACUUCUUAUUUUAUGAAAGCCAGUCAAGUGUGCUCCAGACUAGGACUUCCUUUUUUGCAAAGUUUGGUAGAGAUACGUCUGAAGGAAACUCCACUGUGUACCAAUUGUAUUUGGAGUGUGGGUAAGCAAGGCUAUGUGUCUGCAGGACUGGACAAAGAUGGCAUAGAGAACUGGCCUACUAGCCAGAAAAGCGCAGAAAGAAAAGGUAGUGAACGUGAAAAAACUUACCAGGCAGAGGGGCUCCAGAGACCUGGGCGGCCCAUAGCAUUAGAUUCUUGUCAUACGAAAUGUCAGUAUGGAGACAGCUGUAAGACAUCGGAAACUUUACUGAAGAAGCUAAAAGACACAGAAGAGGAGAGGAGCAGGCUAUUGAUGGAGAACGCAAGACUGCACUCUACCAACUCGCAGCUGGCAGCAGACAAUGCCAACUUACACAGCCAGUUAAGUGUAUUGCAAGACAAGGUCCAAGCACUUAGUAAGGACUCCAAGAUGAAACCGGCUCUCACACAAAUCCUCGAGACCCUGAAGGCAUUAAGAAUACAGAGCGACACAAACCAUUGACUCCUAUCACAGUAAAGACUGAACUUAUCAAGACAAGAGUUUUCACUUGUACACUAUGAUACCACCUACGUAACCCCCCUCAAUGUCGUAUGGCGAAAUGAAUCCCUGAAAAUCAGGACUCCAGGAAAAAAAAAAAAAAAGAAUUUAAAUGACUAAUUUCUAAUUAUUUUUAUUGAAGGAUUUGGAAAACUUACUUUGAAUCCUCUAGACCCUAUUCAAGCCUGUCGUCUUUUAGCCAAAGGGAAAAAGCAGGUUCAAAGAAGAGUUGGAGGACCUUUCAAGUCCUUGUACUGGGUGGACGUCUCACUGAUUUCUAUAAGGACCGGGUAAUGCUAUUUUCACCUGUGGGGGCAUUAAAGACUUUCAAACUAGUUCUCCUACAGAUUACUGUGGAUUUCUGGGAAUGCCGCCAUCAGCUUAUUUUUAGGGGACCCAUUUAAUACGGUCAUAGGUUAGAAAGUGAUCUAAAGGGGUUGCCAACUUUAAAGGGCUACUCCGUCCCUAGACAUCUUAUCCCCUAUCUAAAAGAUAGAGGACAAGAUGUCUGAUCACGGGGGUCCCGCUGCUGGGACCCCCCGCAAUCUCUGUGCAGCACCCAGUGUUUGUUUAGAAUGCCCCUCGUGACGUCAAACCACACCCCCUCAAUGCAAGUCUAUGGGAGGGGGCGUGGCGGCAGAGCUCUGGGGCAGUGGAGUACCCCUUUAAUUUUUUUCUCUCAGACAUCAAUAACUAAAAAGGAGUGGAGUUCACAGUUCUGCAUUAACAAGUAUUCAUGUUGAAGAGAAGGGGAGAAGGAAAGGAGUAAUAAAGGACGUGAAACAUUUCUAGUAAUAUUAUUUUUGGGAAAAAUAUAUUACUGGAUUUAAAGGGCCACAAUGUACUUUAUAAAAAUGUUUACUCUGUAUGUGUAUAUAGUGUUACGGAAAUAAAUGUUAUUAUUGUCUCUUAAACAGUGGCAAUACGGUCAGUAAGUUUAAAAUCUAGAAUAUUCAUGUAUUUUUCUUUGCUGUUUUCACUUCUACAUGUCAUGGAGCAAAGAGACGCUCCAGUAUUACAGUGGCCCCCGAUUUAUCAAUCAGUUUGAGGACAGAAACGGUCUGGUUUUGUCCACAGCAACCAAUCACAGCUCAGCUUUCAUAUCUUAACAAGCUCUGGUAAAAAUAUAAGCCGAGCUGUGAAUAGUUGCUAUGGGAAAACCAGACAGGUCCUCAGAUAGAUUGGUAAAUCUGGGCCAGUAUGUCUACAAUGCUGUGUGCACUAUGGGGUCCAUAUUGAGUCCCUAUGGGUCCAUAUUGCAGCCUUGUAUGGACUGCCAUAUAGUGCAUAUGGGGAACACCAUAUUCCAUUAAAGAUGCAAGUGUUUUGUUACCCAUCAGGAGUUCUUGCACUACCAUGGUGAACCAGGACACUUUACUCCUGAUACAUGAGACUGAUGAUUUGUUUUGUGACAAGUUCCUGAAAAUUAUCAUGCAGCAUUUUCAUAGAUCAUCUUGC